AUGAAGCGGCCCCUGGAGCCCAGCGGCUCGGACGGCGAGUCCGACGGCCCCAUCGACGUGGGCCGAGAGGGCGAGCUGAGCCAGAUGGCCAGGCCGCUGUCCACCCCCAGCCCUUCACAGAUGCAAGCCAGGAAGAAGCGCCGUGGGAUCAUAGAGAAACGGCGCCGAGACCGCAUCAACAGCAGCCUGUCUGAACUGCGGCGCUUGGUCCCCAGCGCCUUUGAGAAACAGGGCUCUUCCAAGCUAGAGAAGGCCGAGGUCCUACAGAUGACAGUGGAUCACUUGAAAAUGCUGCAUGCCACCGGAGGCACAGGAUUCUUGGAUGCCCGAGCCCUGGCAGUUGACUUCCGGAGCAUUGGAUUCCGAGAGUGCCUCACUGAGGUCAUCAGGUACCUAGGAGCCCUGGAAGGACCCAGCAGCCGCGCGGACCCCGUCCGGAUUCGCCUCCUGUCACACCUGAACAGCUACGCUGCUGAGAUGGAGCCGUCUCCCAUGCCUGCUGCUCCCCUGGCCUUCCCCGCCUGGCCCUGGUCCUUCUUCCAUAGCUGUCCGGGGUUGCCAGCCCUGAGCCAUCAGCUUGCCAUCCUGGGAAGAGUGCCCCCUAGCCCCAUCCUCCCCAGUGCCUCCUCUCCCACCUACCCCAUCUCUACCCUCCGAAGCCCUGCCAUGCGCAGAGCCACUGGCACCAUCCUGCCAGCCCGGAGGAGUUUGCUGCCCAGCCGAGUGGCAUCGGCCACCCGAAGGGCCCAUGCCCUGGAGAGGCCAGCCGCCCCUGUUCUCAUGGGCCCCAGCAGCAGGGCUUCCAGGAGCAGCCACGUGGCUCCCCUCCUGCGGCCAGCCUCCCCUGCCUCUCCUGGAGCUGUGGGGUCUGCGUCUUACUUGGCCAGUCCCACACCCAGCCUGUCUGCCUUGGGGCCUGCCGGGAGGCCUGCAGGAGGUGCCAUGCGCUACCAUUCCUGGGUCUCGGAAAUCACGGAAAUUGGGACUUUAUGA